GUAAUUAAUCUCGACGCUUCUCUCUCUGCAACUACUCCUGGAGAGCAUCUCUCUCUAGAAUAUUGAGUAUUGCUGACUUGAGCGUCGGAGUGUUUUCCCCGAGGAAACAACCUCGGGAUUUUCAAGUGUGGAAGCAGCUAAGGACUUCAACAGUGUUGGAUUGUGAAGCUGCCCAAACAUUUGGCGCCGUCUGUGGGAACCGAACAAGAAGUCGUGUGACUUAACCUGCUGAAAGACAACAUGGUCCGUACUUUUACAGGAGGUCGCCCUCCAAGAGAUGGGAUGGACGAACAGGAGGACGCCCAAGCAUCUGAGCCCGGCUUAAAUGAUUUUAGACCAAUGCCCAGAAACCUUUUUGUGGGGGGUGCAGAACAGGGUCACCUAAGCGAAACAAAUGAUGAUGAAAGAACACCAACUGGGUAUGCAACCCAGCCUGAACAGUUCCAAGUUCCAACAGGAACAAGACAAAGACCUUCUAGACCGUACAAUUCACAACGUGAACGACCUGAAAGGUCAACAGAACCUGCUCGGACAACCGAGCUCGAAGAGAGAACCAGAGUUCUCGAAAUGGCAAUGGGAAAAAUCCUUACCCGUCUGAUUCCUGAUGACCCCCUGAUUCCUUUGUUGAACAGGGAUGCACAACCAACUGCGGUUGUUGCAACUCGAAAUUCCCCCGCUCUCAGCAACAUAGUAGUGCCGACCAGGCCAAGGGGAAGUGGGAAGUUGAAUAUCGAUCCCAGCUCGUCCAAACAUAGUGAAGAACUGAUGAGAAAGAACGCAGAUCUUGAAAGACAGCUGCGGGACGUACAAAAGUCUAUUGACGAGCUGAAAAGUCCCAGAUCGCAUCAACAGACUUUGGAUUUGGACAGUGCACCACUAAAUUUAUCCAUUACGGCAGAGCCGUAUCAAGAGGGAUUCAAAAUUCCCCACCUGGAGACAUAUGAUGGCACGGGCGACCCUGAUGAACAUCUGCACACCUAUCAAGCCAUCAUGAGAAUCCAAAACGCUAAUGACGCCAUGAUGUGCAAAGUGUUCCCAGCAACACUCAAGUCAACAGCCAGGAGAUGGUAUCACAAACUCCCCAGACAUUCAAUAGAUUCGUUUUCCCAGCUCGCCAAGCUGUUUUCUAACAAAUUUGCGAGCCAAAAGGAGAUCAAGCGCACAGCAACUGAGCUGAUGCAAGUUAACCAGAAGGAAGAGGAGUCUUUGAGGGACUACAUGCAGCGGUUUAACAAAGCCACCUUGGACAUUGAUAAUGUCCCAGACACGAUUUGCCUGUCCGCCCUGUUGCAUGGGUUGAAGCGUGGCCGGCAGAAGAGAGUAUGUGAAGCUGUGAAGUUGAAGGUUAACUUGACGUCCUUCAAUCUUCUUGAGGCAGAAGAUCUCCAAGAAGCAAGAGCAGAAGAUGCUGGUUUGAUGAUGGUUUACGUUGUUGGUAUGGGUGGUGUUUUAUGCUACAGCAUUAGUCUAGAAAAGGCAAGGAUGGCUUGUGAAGAUGCAGAUUGGGACCAACAGAGUACUCAACAUUGCUCAAGUCAUUUUCAUGACCGAGGAGCCAAAUCUUUAGCCCAUGGAAGCUGUAGAAGAUGUAGAAGAUGACGAAGCAGCACUUUGAGCUUUAACACCAAGGAGGAGUGUUGGAGCUGUGGUGUUCAAGCUACAAAAGUAGCAGUAAAUGAAAAUGAAAGGCUGCACAAAAUGGCAGCAAAAUGAAGGGAGAGCUGCACCAAUUGGAUGGUAGCAGCAAAGUGCAGCAAUUUAGCUGCAAAUAUGGUGAAAAUGAAGCUGUCAAAUGACA